AUGAAGAUCAGUCUCUGGGUACCCUUUCAAAGUCAGUGGUUCAGUCGAGGGCAUAGCGAGUCUGCCUCAGCGAGCGUUACUAGUUUUCAUAGUGAUCGUGGCAAUUGCCACUUCUAUGGCCAAGCUACUCAUUCGACAACAAUGUGGCAAAAGCGAAACUUGACAGCCUGGAUCGGUGGUUAUAGCAAUCAAGAUGACUAUGCUCAAGCAUCACUGAUGUUUUUCAAUGAAUCCAAUCGAAUGAUUGGCAAUAUGUCGACUAUUGGACCUGUACUAGCUGCAGAUCGUGGUGACAUAACUUCACUUCUUUGUCGGCAAGCGAACGGACUUGUGCCAGGUGGCACUCGUUCUUAUUUUGCAUGA